CCCCAUAGCCCUGGCAAUUUUGGGUUCCCCUAUGCCCUAAUCUCUCCAUCUGAGAAAACCAAUCAAUCAAUCAAACACAAACGCAGCAAUACACCAAAUUUACCAACACAGAUCAAAUUAUUUUUUCACCCGAACAAAACCCAAUUCUUCUCCUUCUCCAUUUUCCAAUUAUUGUCCCCCCUCUCUCUCCCCCUUGUCUCUCUCUCUCUUCGUCCUCGAUUUUCACUCUCGUCACCCGAAACAACACACAGAGAGGAACAGAUAUGUGAAAGUACAUACAUGUUCUUCAACUUCAAUCCUCCAUGCCCCUUUUCUCUCACAACCCAAGAACCCAACUCGCUUUAUCUCUCUUUAUGUGUGUAUAUUUAUAUAUACACAUAUAUCCUCUGUUUCUCACUCCAAAAGGGACUCUCUCUCUCUGUACAAUCCAUUCACUUGAUUCUCUCUCCUUCUAAUGCAAACCCAUGAUCUCCCAUUCGAACCCUCCGUAGACAAUCCUCACCCUCCCGAUCUCUCCACCAUGUCCCACGAACCCUCCUCUCCGAUCCACAACAAUAACAACUCUUCUCCCAAUGAACAACCGCAACACUCCCAAAACAAUCACAACACUCACAACAACAACGAAAACAAGAACACCCACAACAACAACAACAACAACAACAAUAUAGUGAAAAGAGAGCGACCCUCGCGGGCGUGCACGGUUCGUUCCGCCGCUCGGCUCUAUGCUGCAGCAGCGGCCGAGGCGGCAGUUGUUUCAGCAGGGCGGAGGCAGAAAGCGGCCAAGAAAGAGAGGCUGCGACCGCGGGAGGUGGAGGAGGAGAGGUCGCCUUCGCCACAGCAGCAGCAAUGCAGCAAGAUCGUGACCCCGCUAGCGAACCCGCCCCCACCGGGGCAGUUGCCACGGUGGAGCAUUCGGUCCAUGUGGGAAUUGGCUUCAAUUCUUAAUUUCUUGAAUGUUUUUAGGCCUUUUUUGAAUAUUAAAGUUGAAUUCUCGGUGGAGGAGUUGGAGACUGCUUUGAUUACACCUAACAACACUCUGGGUGACAUACACAUUCCUUUAUUGAAGGCAAUCCCUCCUAUUACCCGAAUGGCACUUGGACACAAUACUUGGGUUACUGUUCUAUGCAGAAAGUUGAGAGAUUGGUGGCACUGGGUUGCAGAUGGUGAGCUACCUAUAGUUGCUUCACAUGGGGCUGAGAUUGAAGCAUACAAUACACUUGAUCCUGGUGUUCGUGUGGUGAUUCUGAAAGCCUUGUGUGAUAUUCGCGUUGAGCAAGAAGAUAUUCGAAACUAUAUAGACGACUCAGUAAAGCAUGGUGUUCAUCUUUCAGCAUUCCGUAAAGAACGUAUCGGGGGUGAUUCUUAUGGAAUCUCAUACUGGUUUGAAGAUGAUCCUAUAAUUGGUCAUCGUUUGUACCGAGAAAUUAGAAAAGUGGAGGUUAAGAAGGGAAAGGGAAAGAGUGUACAGCCCAUCCCCAAUUCAUGUUACCAGUGGGAAACUGUUGCAACUAAUUUGGAUGAAUUUGAAGAUGUUUCUGAGAAGCUUUUCUCGAGCAAAAAUAGAACAGAGGCUUCACUUGGGAAGAAGUUGAAGAUUGACAUGCUUCCUGAGAUUGAGAAGGUCCAUAAGAGAAAAGAGAAGCUGCUGAAAAAACAACACAGACAAGCUCUUCUUCUUGAUAAUAUGAUCAAUGUGGAUGGACUUGCUACUGGACGAUCUCUUCGUGACAGAAAACCCGUCACCUAUACUUUCGAUGAUUAUGACCGAUCAAUCAAUGAGGCUAUCAAGAUAACCAAAAGGAAACAGCCGUCUCCAGAACCUACUGUCAAAAGAGAAUUUGUUGUUAAACCCGAUGCUUCUACAAACGGUAGAUGGAGUGGUUCUUCACAAUUUCCUGAAGAUCUCUCUUUUGAGGCAUUGUCUCCAAAGUCACCUGAUUAUGAUGAGACCAGUGAAGACCAUAAAUCUGAACCAUUGGAUCGCAGCAAUCGAAGAAGACAGAGGCCUCAACGGUAUUCAGCAAGAGAGUUUGUUGAAGCAAUUUCAGAUAAUGAGGCAGACUUUGAUAGUGAUGAUGAUAUAGUUGGAGAAGCUGUAUAUGAUGAAGAAUAUUUGAGGCGGCGAAAACAGAGGAAAUUGUCCAGCAGCUCCGAAGGAGAUGAGGAGUAUCACUGGGACGACGAAAAUGCCGAAGACGAUGAAGAGGAGGAAGAAGAUGAAGAAGAUUCCUUAACUGCUAGUGAGAAUAGUGAUGAACCCAAAAGGCCAAAGAAAUUGUCAGGCCGCACUAGGAGGGAAACUAAAUUAAGGUCAGUUGGUGAGCUCCAAUCAGGUCUAAGACGUAGUAAUAGGGCCACCAGAAACCGUAUCAAUUAUAGACAGUAUGAAGUGUCGGAAUCGGAUACAGAAUCCAUGAAACCUGAGAAGUCGAAUGCGACAGAUGAACACUCAAAUGCUAGUAAUAGUGCGCAGUUUUUGGCAGAGAGUGAAGACUCCGAAGGUAACAUUGAUAACGAAGAGAUAAAAAUUGAUCAGCCUGUUGAAGAGCACCCUGAAACCGUAGAGGAAAGGCAAAACCCCCCGCCCGAGAAAUCAAAUAGUCCAAGCCAAGAUGAAGUUCAGGGUGUAAGAAAAAGACGGUUUCUUGACCUAAAUGAGCUUGCUCCGGGUUCUGGUUUUGAGGAUGGUCCUAACACAACAAUGCAAGAUGAAGAUACGGAUGACUUCUAAAACUUCUCUGCUGGAAAACAAGGGUUAUACCUUUCACUUGGUGAAGCUGGUUGUUGGACAAAUAAGAUAUAAAUAUUGCAAUCAGUCCAUAAAAAAAGUUUAGAUUGGAGUUCUUCCAUGCAUAAUCCAAGCGACCAUCCUGAUGCAGUUUAUACAAAGAUUUCUAGCAGGGAGCUGCAUGAUGCCGAGGGAAAUUAUGAGUUCAGUAGUCAUUUUUUUUAAUAUGCGUACAUUCAGAGAAAUCUGCGGCAAAUGAAUGGGGAACUUGUUGGAAGUUCUUCAGUCUUUUCUUAUCCAGUCAGUGUACAAUAACCUUUUAACUGAUAUUGUGACCGAAAGAUUUCACUUUUAGAUGUUCAAGCCCUGUUGUUUGCCUUCCAUGGUCAUGACAAUCGUCUGCCUGAGCAUCUGGGUUGGUUGGGUCUGUUGAUAAUAUAAUCAGAAUUUAGGAACUGAUUUCGUUAUUGUAAUGGAACCAUCCUCCCUCAGAAAGUAACUAAUUUUUUUUUUUUGUCUUUUUUCUAGUUCAAUAUUAUUAUAGCCUUGUGAAGUAGCAGAUUUUGGAAUUUCUAGCUCUAUUUGUUCAUGUAAGAUAUUGUGUUCUGGUACUGAAGAUGUCCAGAUGAAACCGGUAAUCCUACUGGCCUUUAUUUAGUAACUUAUUUGAGAAAGUAA